AUGCUAUCUGCUGCUUCAAUUUUGAGAAGCCGUGCUUGUCAACAAAUUCCAAAAAGUCUACAGCUUCAACAGUUAAGGAACUUGUCUAUCCAUGAAUUUCGUUCAGCUGCGUUAUUGAGAGAUUACGGAAUUGGUACACCUCGAGGCGAUGCGGCAACUACUCCCGAUGAGGCUUUGAAAGUCGCAAAAGGCUUGAAUACCGAUAAAAUGGUGAUCAAAGCUCAAGCAUUGACCGGCGGCAGGGGUAAAGGCCAUUUCGACACGGGGUUCAAGAGUGGUGUCCAUAUGAUUGAGACAGCGGCGCAGGCCAAGGAUAUUGCUGGAAAGAUGUUGAAUCAUAAAUUGAUCACGAAACAAAGUGGCGAAAAGGGUAAGUUGGUAAGCGCGGUAUACCUUGUUGAAAGGGUCAAUGCUAAGCACGAGGCGUAUCUGUCAAUUUUAAUGGACAGAAAGACGCAAAAACCACUUAUCAUCUGCUCGAGCGAGGGUGGAAUGAACAUUGAAGAUGUUGCAAAGAAGAAUCCUGAUGCGAUCAAAAAGUUUUACAUCACACCAUCUGAAGGAAUCACAGAAGAGACAUGUAAGGCGGUCAGUGAAAAUUUGGGAUUUAGUAAAGAAGCGCAACCAGAGGCUGCAAAGGCAGUGAAGAAUCUUUACAAAAUUUUCUCGCAAAAGGAUGCUACCCAGAUUGAAAUAAAUCCCUUUAGCGAAGUCCAGGAUGAUCCAAAUCACAAAGUUAUGUGCAUGGAUGCAAAAUUUGGAUUUGAUGACAAUGCGUCAUUUAAACAGGCCGAAAUCUGGAACUGGAGAGACCUAAGCCAAGAAGAUCCGGACGAGGUUACAGCCAAGGAAUACGGUUUGAAUUUCGUCAAGUUACAAGGUAACAUCGGCUGUUUGGUCAAUGGUGCUGGUUUGGCAAUGGCAACAAUGGAUGUGAUCAAGUUGAACGGCGGUGAUCCAGCAAACUUCCUGGACUGCGGCGGUGGCGCAACCCCGGAAACUAUCAAGAAGGCGUUUGAAUUAAUUCUAUCAAACGAAAAAGUUGACGCUAUUUUUGUUAAUAUAUUCGGUGGCAUUGUCAGAUGUGAUUUUGUGGCAACAGGCCUUGUUAAUGCAGCAAAAGAAUUAGGAGUCAGAGUACCAAUUGUCGCACGUUUGCAGGGAACCAAAUUGGAUGAAGGGGCGGAAAUCAUAAAGCAAAGUGGCCUGAAAAUUUACUCUUACGCAGAAUUGGACCCAGCUGCAAACAAAGUAGUCCAGCUAGCCAAAGACCACCACAACAAUGCUUAA